AUGCAUUCUGAACAUGUCCAUAAGUCUGAAGAAAUUUUUAAAAGAAAAUUAGAAGAGUUUGAUAACCAAACGAAAUCGUUAAAAAAACUUGUUUCUGUCUCUUCAAAUGCUUUACUAGUAUCGUACAAAGUUUCUUACAGGAUUGCAAAAUGCAAGAAACCGCACAAUAUCGGAGAAACUCUAGUUUUGCCAGCAGCUAUCGAUAUGGUUGAAGCAAUGUUUGGCGAAUCCUAUGCAAAACAAUUACAGCAAAUACCGCUUGCUGAUAACACAGUCGCUAGAAGAAUUGAUGACAUAUCUGAAGAUCUUUGUGAUCAGUUGGUUUCUCGACUACGUAACUGUAAAUUUGCUAUACAAGUUGAUGAGGGAGCUGACAUAAAUAAAAAUGCACAUUUAAUUGCAUAUGUCAGAUAUGCUGAAGAAAAAAAUAACAUAGAAUGGAUCAAUUGUGUUGGACUUUGUACAGACGGAGCACAGUCAAUGUCAGGAAUAAAUCUGGUCUUCAAGCUCUUGUAA